AAUUUCUCCGCUCAGAAUCCCAUUGCAAAAAGACCGUUCUGAUUUUUUUUUUUUCUUCUUUCGUCGAAAAUCUCUCCCCCUCUCCGUCUUACACUCCAUCUUGCAAUAAUGUUUCGCCUUACUGCCGCUCGCGCUCAAGCCAACGCUUCUCGUGUUAUUGGUCGUCGUAACGCUUCCAACAUUGCUGUCCAAAACUUGGAAGCACGCUGGAAGACCUUGUCCACCUCCGAACAAAACUCUAUUGCUACCAAACUUGAGGAAGCUCAAAAGGGCGACUGGAAGGCUUUGACCACUGACGAAAAGAAAGCGUCGUAUUACAUUGCCUUUGGUCCUCACGGCCCUCGCGAACCUAUCACCAAACCCGGACAUGCCAGCAAAGUUCUUGCUGGUGUUUCCGGUGUCCUUGCCGUUUCCGCUGCUCUCUUCUAUGCCAUGCGCCAGGGUGCUAAAGAAGUGCCAAUCACCACGACCAAAGAAUGGGAGGAAGCCACCAACGAAUACCUUCGAAGCCAAAAGUCGAACCCUAUCACUGGUGUGUCCUCUGAAGGUUACAAGGGCAAAGGUGCUGUCACUCACUAAAUUUGCUGCCAUAUAAAUUAUACAUUUUUUAAUCGAUUACUGAACCUUUUUUUACUGACGGGGUUGUCGCAAAAUAAACAAAAAAGUCAUGCC